AUGGCGGGGGCAUCGACGCGGCUUCCCACCGUUGGAUGCAGCUGCUCGGUUGCCACCCUCGCGCGCUCUCUCACUUGUGUGCGGAGCUCCAACACGCGAAUUACUGGAAGCAGCAGCGGCCGCAUCGUUUCGUCAUCCCUGCCGUGGUCGCAGCACCGGUGUCAAGUGCGCACCUUGAUUGUGCCACGUCAGCUGAAGGCGUACGGCGGCACCUUCAGCCAAUCGAUUGGCGAGCGCGUCGACCACGCUGCGAGCCAUCAGGUGCUGCAGAGCCUCUCCCCAUCGCGCGCCGCGCAGUCGCCGCUCCUCGCCAAGCCCGUAAAGACAAAGAUGGUGGACAACUUUUCCGACAUGCUGGUCACUCCGGCGCUGCAGGCAGCGCUCGCUGACAUGGGUGUCUCCACGCCAUCGCCGAUCCAGCAGACCGCCAUCGAGGCCGUGCUGCAGCGCAAGAACACCGUCAUCGCCGCCCCGCAUGGGGAAGGCAAGACUCUGGCCUACCUGCUGCCCCUCUACCAGAACAUGGAGAAGGACCGAGACGUGUACAAGAUCCCGCUGCGUGAGCGCCGCCCUCGCAUGAUCUUGCUUGCGCCGACGAAGGAGUUGGUGGAGCAGCUGCAGACAGUGUGCGCGCGCCUGGAUGCCGCGACGGGCCUGACCUCGGUGUGCUUCACGUCCCGCAAGCGCUCCAAGUACCACCUGUCGAGGCUGCUGACGAACACCAUGGCGGACGUACUAGUCAUGGACCCGAAGCUCAUCCUACGACUCCUACGCACGCGUCGCCUCUUCAUCGAAGACCUGCGCUACUUCGCCGUAGACGAGGCGGAUGCGAUGAUGAGCUCUCUGCACGAUCACGACGCUGUGCAGCUGCUCAUGAAGGUGCAGAAGCGAAACCAGUUCAAGUACCUCUGGCCUGUGCAGACUCAGUACGUCUUCGUCACCGCCUACAUGACGCGCAAGCUGGAGUACAUCGUCGGCCGCAAGAUCAGCGAUCCCGUGACGUGCAUGUUCCGGCAGCAGAUGCACCGCCCACAGGCGCGGCUGCGUCAUCGCUUCUACGCGAUUCGCCGUGAGCCGGAGAAGUUCACGGUGCUGAUGCACCUUCUUCGCAAGAACGGGCAUGUGCCGCUCCCGAUAGACACAGACGUUGCCGAGGUGGACGUGCACACGAACCCACGCAAGCUCUCUGGGUCGCUGGCCGAAUGGCAUGAAGCGGUGCGGCGAUGCGCGUGGAAAGAGCACCAGGAGCAGGCAAAGAACUCUGGCAGCGGUGAGGCCGUCACCGAUGACGUCGUGGACGUCGAUGAGGUUGCGGUAGGGACCCCGCAAGAAGGGCCCGCAUCCGUGCCUUCGGCGCGCCUCUCCGCCACGGAAAACGCAGCGCCAGACGAUGACUACGACCACGACUCGUACGCGCGCUACACCCUCGAGCGCGUGCGUCCGCUUCACUGGGAACACCUGACCACAGUCGCGGCGCCCUUCACAUGCCCCAUUCGCCGCACCGUCUUCGCCGAGGGUCGCCGCACCAUCGUUUUCUUCCGAAACAUAGACGCGACGACGGCCGUGUUUCACCAGCUGCGCAGCGCUGGCUUUGCUGUGUCGCUGCUGCACGCCUCACUGCCCUACAAGGUGCGCAAGGAGAUGUACGCGGACUUCGCCUCUGGUCGCACGAACGUGCUCUGUGCAACGGACCUUGCCGCGCGGGGGCUGGACCUCCACGUCGACAUGGUCAUCAACUUCGACGUGCCGACGAACGCGCUCGCGUACCUCAGCCGCAGCGGGCGCACGGCGCGCAUGGGGCGAGAGGGGCAGGUGCUGAACCUCUACAACAAGCACCAGGGCGUCAUUGUAUCCGCCAUCAAGGCGUUCCUGAAGGACAGCCUGCCGAUGGAGGGGCUCACGAAUCGCAAGGCCGACAUGAUGCAGCCGCGCUACGCCGAGUGGCGCACCCAUAAAAUCAACGCUCUGGCCCGCUCGUACGUCUCCCUCAUCACGCGCAAGACCAUCCCUGCCCAUCUGGAGCGCACGUACGUGCACCACAACGCGACAUGGCGGCCGGUCUUUCAUCCACAGAAGACCGGCAUCCAUGGCGGUGUCGCGCCGCGGCAGCAGCAGAAGCUGAUGGACCGCGUAAGGGAACAGGCCGUGUGGUUCCGACGCGGUCAGCUGGCGCGGCGCAAGGGUGGCCGCGCCAAGUUCGGCAGCCGCACCAUGAAGCACGGCGUGUGGAACGAUAUCGGCGGCGUCGCGUCGCGGGAAGUCGUGAAUGAAGCGCAGAACCCGUCACCAGCGGGGCCGAACUUUGGGCCGCCAAGUGGUCCUCCGCAGUAA